GACGUGCUCUUUUGCCCCUCUGGGUGGGAAAAGCGGACAGCCCCUCCCUCCAGGCACCCUCCUGGAGGAUUCUGGAAGCCCUCAUGCCCUCUGGCAGCAGUUGCUCUCUCAGAUGCAGUGGGUAGAGAGCAGUUUCUCCACCUGGCAGCAAGAACCCAUGGCAUCCCCAUGUCCCAGCGUGACCCUUGCUGAACAAAAUCAAGUGGCCACACUACCCGUGCGGCUGCUCAAGGGAUGAUCUGGCUGCGCGGAAGCAAGUUUCCAGAUGAAGAUCGACGCCCAUGGUUUUGCCGAGGAGUUGGUGGUGCGGGUAGACGGCCAGAACCUGAUUAUGACCCGCCAGCGGCCCCAGGAGUCCAAUGACCCAGUUAGGGGUGGUUACUGCAUAGAGCCAAUGCACCAGCAAAUGCAAAUCCCAUCCAAUUUAGACCCUGCAGCCUUGACCUGCGGCUUGACACCCUCUGGCCAUCUGUGCUUCCAUGGACAAAACAAGCCGCUGCCUCCCUCUGGAGCACAAACAGGCCAUGCCCCUGCACUCAGGAGCCGGGGGCUCUAA